AUGUGCACGCUGAAUCCUUCACUGUUGCUCCUGGGAUCAUCCUCGGAUCUUAAAAACUUUCCAUCAGGCUUUUGUCAGGGUUCCAACUCCUUCAGUGCGGCGUUUCUUGCCGGUGAGGAUGAUGCGCGUGGGAACGGCAGUACUUUAUUUGGCUGCCCUGCGGAAAUGGAGAUGUCUGCGAGUCUCCAGCCGAGCACCACAGAGGCUGUGGCGCGAUUGAUGCAGCAGCUUGUUGGUGGGGAUAACAACCGCAAGUCAAAGGAUUUUUUAGUGCGUGUGGCAACGCCCCCGCAGGCAGCGGAAGCUCUGCGUUUCUCAUCCGCUGCAGAUGCAGGGAAGCAACAAGACAAGCCAACACUGCAGCUGUCAGGAAAAGAACCCAUGAAGACGGAGGCCAGGUCCGCUGUGCGACCGCGGCGAGGUAUGUGGGCCGCCACCACCCCUGUAAGUCGUCAGCACUCGGCAAAAGGACCUGUUCCGACACGUGUGUCUAUAACACAAAAACAGCAGCAGCAGCAACAACAACAACAACAACCCCGUAGCCUCUCACAUGAAACGAGAUCAUCGGGGGUUAAUACUGGCGGAGAACUACCAGUUACAUCAAAAUCUCGAACAACAUCGCUGAAGCAAAGGUAUUUUGCACGUGGAAGGUCAAGGAGAAGCUUUAUUGAAGGCAUCACAUUCUGUGAUGAUGACACCUGGCAGCCUUCUUCAGGGGUUGGGAGGGCGACGCGAAAGAAACCGGCUACAAAGGUCGUACCCGAGCUAAAGCCGCUUCCACGUCAAAUGGUGAGGCAGCUAUACACGGAGGGUCCAACUUCAUUUGCGGGAAGGGGGUUUGCUUCCUCACCGUCAAGUCCCUUGCCACGGAAGCUUUGCUUGGCAGGCGUCGGGUCUUCGUGGGACAGCAUGGAAGGGGUGGAAACUCACGGUGGUGCCCCAAAUCCACGCGCCUUGCCUCAUUCUCAAAGGGAUGGCUCCAUCGGUGUCUCAUCACGGGCGUUGAAGGUCCAGAGGAUCUCCAGUCACUCCCUACAUACAUGGAAUGAGCCACCCUCCAACGUUGUAUUGCCAAAUGGCACGAUGCCAUCGCAGGAGAAGCCGGAGGAAACUGAGGAAGUAGCAUGCGAUAUUUGGCGUGCCGCUAGUGAGCAUGUGAGGGACGACAAUGAAAAGGGGGGGUGGAUGCGUCCGCUGCAGGAAACAGGAAGAUCUAAGCGGAGAUCCGUUCAUGACCCGGGUUUCACCGUAAAGAGUUACUCACGUGGGUUGGAUGACGAUGCUGUUGGGGAUGACGACUAUCAUGCUUUCUUUCACUCAUUACAGCGACUUCAGCCCCGUCACCAUCGCCUCAUUGACGUCCUCAAGGAAUCCACGGCGAGAACGGCGUCUGGUACUUUGCGAGGUUUUACGAACUCCUUUGCGGCGUGUUCCGCACUUCUUAAUGAGCCCCAGCAUUUGCUUGACAGUGAGUUCUUAGGGUCCCCUUCUGCUGCCACCUCACUGUAUUCUGGAAACACUGGACAGGUGGCGUCAUUUGCCCUGGGUAGAUCAGGGAUUCCGCUCUUUCAAACGCCAGAGCAACGUCCCCAGUUUGUGGAUAUGUCGUAUCCUGCCAAGGUAUUGUACGCCGCCGUGCUGUAUCUUCGAGCGCUUGGUGGGUUUCCGACGCUUCUUCGCGUUACCCCACUCAGUAAGGACAGCGGAGUCGUGGGCAAGGAACACUGUGUGGAACUUGUCUUUCAUUCGUUGUUAGUUUCAAAGGGGCACCAGGGUAGGCGUUCCGAUCCACCACAGACUACACGAUUGCAUUACUCACGUACGUUUAGUUCCAUCGUGGCGGCACAGCAAAAAUCUGGGGAGAGCAGUCAACGCACGCGUGCGGACUGGGAGGAACGCACUGUUAUUGUGCGUUCUAUUCUCGCGGAGAAGUCCGUUGUGCAGCGCUUUGGGAAGGCGGAAGUGGUGCAUGUUCUGCCGCCGAUAGAAAGUUGGACGGCAUCCCCUGUGGUUGACGCGGAUAACACAACUGGGGAGGAGUUCCUUGAAGCUAAAAGUGCCGCCGUUCGGCACUUUUUAAAUGACGCCGAGCCAAGGCAUGGGUCCACGGUUCGGUCACAGGCAGCGCACAGGGCCACGUACACGAGGGGUGUAGGGCGCGGCAGGCGGAGUAAGUACGUCGACUGCGGUGACCUUGCGGUGGCAUUUCUGAUCAGUGGGGGAUUGUCAAAGUUGAGUGAUGUGCCGCCGGAACCCAUGGACCUUGAGGCAUUGCGGUAUAAAGUCUAUGCACUCAGGCACCAUGAAUUAGAUGAUGCUACGAGGAAGGGUGUUAGAACCGCCGGGCCACAGCACGUUGCACGGCAACAACGACUCCGGUGGAGCAGCGUUGGCCUUAGCCUGGUGACAGGCGAGGGUCAAACGCCUUCCCCGCUCUCUAAGGAGAGUACAGCAUCCAAGACGUCUGUAGGACCGCCUCGGACUGAGGGGGCGAAGUUGGAGUCCAUGCAGCGGCAGUUUCCGACGUACAUGCCUGUUACAGUCGCGGAAUCUACCCUUGCUGCCACGACGGAUGGCGACACCGCGGUGUGUGGAGGUGACCCACAAACAGGUGCCUACAGAGGGCCGCACUUUUCCCAGUUGCGUCUUCCCCGCCUCUACACAGACAUCGUGGAUGCCGUGCAGUACGCACUAGAUGUACAGGAUAGGUUGGAAAAUGAGAGUGUUACCCGUGCAAGGUUCCUUUAG